AUGCUGGUGAUUCUCCUCCUUUCCCUCGCAGUGGCAACACAUGCGGGAAUGUGUCCUGGGAACGAUCUUGACGAUAACGACCGCACUACACUUCGUAAGGCCCAUAAUGAUCUUCGACGAAAAAUAGUAAAAGGAUCGGCCAAGAAUUACGCUGGAAAUUUAAAUGCAGGAAAGAAUAUGUACAGUUUGCAAUAUGACUGCGAUCUGGAACAGGCAGCAAUUGAUGCUGUAGGAGCUUCGUGUUCAGAAGCAUUAGUAAACCCUGCAAAAUAUGGACAAAACGUUCAAGUAUAUGAUACACAACAGAUCAGUGCCCUUGAAAAGAAUCUUAUUCCGGAUGCGGUGAAGCAAUGGUACCAACCGGUUCAGUACUAUGGUUUGCGAAACGAUCAAAAUAAAUACAAUGACAAACGACUGUACACAUUUGCUAAUCUCGCUUAUGACAGAAAUGUAGCAUUGGGAUGUCAAUAUAAAAAGUGUACGGACAAGGUAGUUAUUACUUGUAUGUACAGCAACAUCGUUCCUGAUAACGCUGUCUUGUAUGAACGAGGCACUCCAUGCACAAAGGACACCGAUUGUACGCUCUACUCUCCCGCCGUCUGCAAUAAUGGUCUUUGCAAAGCUAAAGCAGUGAUUCCAAACCCCAACCCACAAGGAACCACCACUGCAGCACCAGGAGCAGCGAAGUGUGCGAAUGCUGAAGUGACGGACGCCGUACGAAAUGCUGUCAUCGACGUGCACAACUCAUACAGGUCUCAGGUAGCACGAGGGCUAAUCAUAAACGGAAGAAGUGGACAGAAUUGUCCCACUGCUGCUAAUAUGUAUAAAAUGGAGUAUGACUGUAGUCUUGAAUCAAGCGCACUUGUUCAAGCGAAAACAUGCACGUUGACGGCGUCAGCUGUUUCGUCGCGAGGGGGUCAAGGUGAAAAUUAUUAUUCCGGCGCCCUUGUGAACGAUUUAGAACAAGCCGUUAGAACCGCAAUGCAACAAUGGUUUAAUCAAAUCACCAUUAGUGGAGUUAAUCCAGCUAUGCAGUUCCGUGCCAGAGUGAGGGACAAGCCAAAUGCUCCUGUCGCAUUCACUCAAAUGGUUUGGGGUACCUCAACAAAGGUCGGAUGCGCAGUUAUCAAAUGUCCGGCGAACACCUACACCGUUUGUCGCUACAGCCCAGCCGGAAAUAUUGUGGACGGCUACGUCUAUAAGCGAGGAACUUUGUGUGGAGAUUGUCCAGCAAUGUGCAAUAAUGGAUUAUGUGGAACAGCGUAA